UAAAGCAAACCCUAGUAGCAUCCCCCAACACACCAAAGUUGAGCUUCAGAAGAAAGAAAGCAAACGAGAUGGGAAGCGAUAGCGAAGCAGAGAAGGCGCAGCAGAAGGAGAAGGAGAAGGAGAGGAAGAAGCUGCUAGCCAUCGCCCCCAUUGCUAAACCCCUUGCCGGAAAGAAGCUCUGCAAGCGCACCCUCAAGCUCGUCCGCAGAGCUGCUGAACACAAAUGCUUGAAGAGAGGAGUAAAGGAGGUGGUUAAAAGUAUAAGGCGUGGUCAUAAAGGAUUAUGUGUUAUAGCCGGGAAUAUAUCUCCCAUUGAUGUGAUUACUCAUGUUCCUAUCCUAUGUGAAGAAGCUGAGAUUCCUUAUGUAUAUGUUCCCUCAAAAGAAGACCUUGCAAAUGCAGGGGCUACUAAGAGGCCGACAUGCUGUGUUUUGGUGCUAACCAAGCCUACCAAGGGAGAAUUAGUUCCGGAGGAAGAGGAUAAACUAAAGGUAGAUUAUAAGCAGGUUGCAGCGGAUGUGUCUGAACUGGCAUCAUCUCUUUUCUGAAGGACAUAGUAAAAAACCUAUUUCUACUUUAUUUGAGGCAGACGGUAUGAUAUCCGGCUGUUUUAGUUAUGUUGAAGUAUAUCUGAGCAUAUUGGGUUCUUUUAUGUGAGAGAUUUCGAGAAUAGGAAAUGGUACCUUUUAAAUGUGACGCUAGAAAUUCAUUUUCUCAGA